AUGCUGGACAUGGUUGCGGAGGAUCCUUCGCUCCACUUCAACUUCAAAGAGCCAGAGGUUCUGGCUGCACCCCUGCUGCAGGCCGAGGAAGUCUCCUUCAGUUACGCGCCGAGAAAGAGCGACGAAGAAAGCGAGGGCGCCGCGGAGGAUGCGGAGACAGACGACGCGGAGCCAACCGCCGGGGCAUCGCCGAGCGAGAAAGCGGACGAAAAUGCUCGGGGGAAGGAGGGAGGAAAACUCAUUGUUCGAGGCCUCAAUCUCAACGUCGACAUGGACUCCAGAAUCGCUGUACGCACAUGCAACGCGCAAGAACCUCAGACAAACUACCGGGCAAACGGCCGGUCCGAGGCUCCCCGAGUGGCCAAAAAGGACGGUGUCUGGCAACACAAACGUGGUAUUGAUAGUUGUUCAUUGACCUGUUCCGUCUCUACCAACGCACUGCCGGUUUCGGUGGAAUGA